AUGCUUUAUGGUUAUGGGUCCAGCGCUAUUAAAUGUACCAUUUUUGAUUCAUUCGGUAACAUGGGUAUCCCCUCUAAAGAAGUGAAAAGGGAAGAGCUUGUUUCUAUACAAGGAUUGUUGCCUCGAGAUUUAAGGAAGAUCGAAAAAUCUAAAGGCAAUGAUUUAGUUCCAAGUCUAGUAACGCGAAGGAAAAGUAUAUUAAUUAGUUUGCUAACUGUCAAAGCAUUGAUUAAACCAGAUAUGGUCAUACUUUUUGAUUCGAUUGGGAAUGGUAUUACUUUAAAUUCUAGAGCAAAUAAUUCUUUUAUUAGAGAUAUGCAAUUAAGAUUGAAAAAUCAAACUGAUUCAUCUGGUUUGAAACAAGAUCCUUUACCUUAUGAAUUUAGAGCUUUAGAAGCUAUUUUCAUUUCUGCGUUAUCUAAUUUGACUAGUGAGAUGAAAGUCUUAUUGACAGUGAGUCAAGGGAUUUUACAAGAUUUGGAAAAUAAUAUAACUAGAGAUAGAUUAAGGUUUUUAUUAGUUCAAAACAAGAAACUUAGUAUAUUUUGCAAAAAAGCCACGCUAGUUAGAGAAAUGAUUGAUGAUUUAUUAGAACAAGAUGAUAUAUUAUGUUCAAUGUACUUGACAGAUAAUAAUUUUGGGAAGGCAAGAACAGAAGAUGAUCAUACGGAAAUUGAGAUGCUUUUAGAAACGUAUCAUAAUCAUAUAGAUGAAAUUGUUCAAAAAAGUGAGAAUGCAAUUUCAAAUGUGAAAACAACUGAAGAAAUUAUAAAUAUCAUUCUGGAUUCCAAUAGAAAUCAAUUGAUGCUCUUGGGCUUAAGGUUUAGUUUAUCCAUGUUAUCAAUGGGUAUUGUAUUAUAUGUUGGCUCAAUAUAUGGAAUGAAUUUGAAUAAUUUCAUCGAAGAAAGUUCAUAUGGGUUUGCUUCUACAGCUAUUCUGAGCACUCUUUGUAUGAUUUGGAUAUACGCAAGAGGUAUUAAACGUCUUCAUAGUUUACAAAAGAUGUCGUUAUUAGAUAAUACCAAAAUCAACAAAUCAUUACUUGCUAAGCUCAAAUAA